AUGAAGUCAGGUCAGGCGUGGCGUUUAGGCAUGAAGGACAUGCAGAUAUUGCCUGCGCCUCGCCAGCGCGGCCAUUUGAAAAAACCAACAUGGAUUAUUGUGUUGGUUUCUUUAGUCAGUAUGUUCUUAAUCUGCGCAUACGUUUAUCCUCCUCAGAAUUCUGCUGCAUGCUAUGUGUUUUCAUCCAAUGGUUGCAAGGGAUUUCAAAAAUGGCUUCCACCUGCUCCUGCCAGAGAGUUAACUGAUGAUGAGAUAGCUUCUCGUGUUGUAAUUAGAGAUAUUCUUAACACGCCUCGAAUUGUAUCAAGGACUCCUAAAAUUGCAUUCUUAUUCCUGACCCCUGGCGCUUUACCUUUUGAGAGGCUUUGGGAUAAAUUUUUUCAGGGCCAUGAAGGUAGAUUCUCUGUCUACGUGCAUGCAUCCAAGGAUAAACCUGUACAUUUCAGCCGCUAUUUCAUUAACCGUGAAAUCCGAAGUGACAAGGUAGUUUGGGGAAAAAUCUCUAUGGUUGAUGCAGAGAGACGCCUGUUGGCAAAUGCACUUCAGGAUCCUGACAACCAGCAUUUUGUGCUAUUAUCCGAUAGUUGUAUACCACUGCGUGAGUUUGAUUUCGUGUACAACUAUCUGAUGUACACAAAUGUCAGUUUUGUGGACUGUUUUGAAGAUCCUGGACCGCAUGGAAGUGGCAGAUAUUCAGACCAUAUGCUUCCAGAAGUUGAGAAGAAAGAUUUCAGAAAGGGUGCACAGUGGUUCACAAUGAAGCGACAACAUGCUAUUAUUAUUAUGGCUGACGGUCUAUAUUAUUCAAAGUUUCGGGACUAUUGUAAGCCGGGCAUGGAAUUUGGAAAGAACUGCUAUUCGGAUGAGCACUAUCUUCCGACAUUUUUCCAUAUGCUUGAUCCAGCUGGAAUUGCUAAUUGGUCUGUGACACAUGUUGACUGGUCGGAGGGAAAGUGGCAUCCUAAAUCUUACAGAGCUCAGGAUAUUACGCAUGAGCUUCUGAAGAAUAUUACGUCUAUAACAGAGAGUGUGCAUGUUACUAGUGAAGAAGUGAAACAAACCCAGACUAGACCAUGUUUGUGGAAUGGAAAUGAAAGGCCCUGCUACUUGUUUGCAAGGAAAUUUUUACCAGAAGCUCUAGAGAACUUGCUGCAUCUUUUUCCCAACUAUACAUCAAUUUGA